GACGUGACGGAUCGAUGGGACAAGGAGGCUGCAACGUUCGACCGGGACAUGGGCCCGAUGGAGUUCUACAUGGGCAUGAAUUGGCUCCGCAAGUCGAUGACGCGACAGGCGCACGGCCAUGUCCUCGAGGCCGCGGUAGGGACUGGGAGAAAUAUCAAGUACUACAAACCGGUGCUCUGCGAGUCGAUAACGAUGGUGGACCAGAGCAGGAAAAUGGUUGACGUGGCGUAUGGCAAGUGGAAGGAGUAUUUCCCGCGUGCGGAAGAUCUGGCCAAGGUCACCUUUCGGCAUCAGUCUGUCAUUGACGACGUGAAGCUGCCGGAUCCAGAGGGCUUUGAUUUUGUGAUCCAGACGAUGGGCCUAUGCUCAACGCCGGAGCCUGAGGCGCUCAUCAGAAGUCUGGCGAGAAUGACGAAGAAGGAUGGGGGGAGGAUACUGCUGCUGGAGCACGGGAGAUCGAAGUACGACUGGCUUAACCGUGUGCUGGACAAGACGGCAGCACCACACGCCGAUAAACACGGAUGCUGGUGGAACAAAGACAUUAUCAAGAUUGUCGAAGACAGCGGAGUUGAUGUGGUGGCCAUCAGCAGAUAUCACCUUGGCACGACGUAUUGGAUAGAGCUCAAGCCU